CGGGGCCUCGCAAAGUUUUCAUUGAGGUGGAGAAGUGUGGGCAAAGAGCACUGCUGCAGCUGUGUCUGAGCGUCGGUGAGGGGCAGCAAGGCAGACAGCAGGCGCAGCAGGAACGGGAGAGGCGGUCUACUUCCCCCUCUGCCACCUACAGCGCUCUGGCCGCCGCACCAGCGGAGGGGAGCAUGCAAGUCGUUUUAGAAGGAUGCAAAAUGCCAGCAACCUAGCAGCUUGGGAUGAUUUUGCUCAGUGUACCACAAGCUGGGUCCUACGGGCCAGAAGCUGGAAGAAAGUGGCUGGAGUCCUCAGUGUGUCUGGGAAUCGGUGAAUCGUGACUCACACCACUCCUCGGAUAUAUAAACAGAGAGCGAGCGAGAGAGAGAGCAAAGCCUUUGGUAUAUAACAGAAUCGAUCGAGUGCGAUUUAAUUUUAAAAUGCUGGUUCUCCUUUCUUGAUGUGGGGCACAACAAAAUGGUUCUCCAGUAAGAAAAAGAAAAAAAAUCUCCUCCAAGAAACCGUGCGUCUUGCAACUGAAGUCACCAGAAAUCCAGCUGCUUCGGGAUUUAAUGGGCUCUUCCAAAGAUGUUAAGGGACUUGUGAGAAAAUCCGGUGAAAGACAAUGCUAAAGUGCAUUAGCGCUGUGCAAGGGUGGACCUAAAAGUUAUGAAGUGGUACCUGUCGUAACAACAAGCAAAUAUUGUUCUCAUUUAUUUAAUCAAGACUCGAACUAGUCAGAACUUCAAGCAAUGGCAACAGAAGUGGUGUGUGGAUUGAUCUUCAGAUUGCUACUUCCAAUAUGUCUAGUAGCUGCAUGUGUGUUCCGUUACAAUGGGCUCUCUUUUGUCUACCUCGUCUACCUCUUGCUCAUUCCUCUAUUUUCAGAACCCACAAAAACAACCAUGCAAGGACAUACAGGACGGUUAUUAAAAUCCUUGUGUUUCAUCAGUCUAUCAUUCCUGCUACUGCACAUCAUCUUCCAAAUCACAAUAAACAGCCUUGAAGCUGGAAACAAUAUUGAACCUGGUUUUAACUGUUCUACAUGGGAGAAAACAUUACGACAGAUCGGUUUUGAAAGUGUGAAGGGAGCCGAUGCUGGCAACGUGAUCAGAGUGUUUGUACCAGAUAUCGGGAUGUUCAUUGCUAGCUUGACCAUAUGGCUUGUCUGCAGAAACCUUGUGCUGAAGCCAGUGACAGAGGAUGCAGCACAGUACAACACACAAUUUGAAAAUGAAGAAAUGGCUGGAAGAGAAAAGUUAGAGCCAGAUGAUGCAUUAAUGUGUGAAGAUUUGGAUGGUGGAGAAAAUAGCGAAGAGGAAUUUGAAGAAACUACAAAAUUAAAACUACUGCGCAGAAUUGCCUCACUGGCUUCCAAAUUGAAAGAGUUUAUUGGAAACAUUAUAACCACCGCUGGAAAAGUUGUUGUUACAAUUUUACUUGGUUCAACAGGCAUGAUGUUGCCAUCUUUGACGUCAGCUGUGUAUUUCUUUGUAUUUUUGGGGCUGUGUACGUGGUGGUCCUGUUGCCUAGCAUUUGAUCCGCUGAUAUUCAGCUGUCUGUGUGUAUUAAUGGCUAUAUACAGUGCGGGGCACUUGAUUGGACUUUAUCUGUACCAGUUACAAUUCUUUCAGGAAGUUGUUCCCCCAAAGGACUACUAUGCAAGGUUAUUUGGUGUCACUUCAGUAAUUCAAACCAAUUGCUCAAGCACCUGGAAGAUCAUAGCAAACCAAGACCUACUCUGGUAUCACCAUGCCAAUCCCAUAUUACUGCUGAUGAUGUACUACACCCUGGCAACUCUUAUUCGCCUUUGGCUACAAGAGCCCGUUGAGAUGGAUGAUGACGAGAAAUCUGGUAUCAGUGAAGAAGACAAAGAAACAGACUGCAACCCGACCUCAAGGAGACGAAGUUUGUGGUAUGCAAGCCACUACACAACUGAUGAGAGAAAACUUCUGUCAAUGACUCAAGAUGAAUACAAGUCAUCUGAUGUCCUGCUCGUAACAGUGAAUGGGACUCCUGUAGAUUAUCACACCAUACACCCCACACUUCACUUGGAGAAUGGCCCUGCCAAAGCUGAUAUGUACUCAACCCCACAGUAUAAAUGGGAGCCAUCAGAUGACAUGUCAGAAAAGAAAGAAGAGGAAGAGGAAGAAGAAGAAGAGGAGGAAGAUAUUCAGGAGAAAAAAGAAAAUGUUAAAAUACAUGCCAUGGUCUCUGUCUUCCAUUUUAUCAUGAAACAAAGUUACAUUUGUGCUCUGAUUGCAAUGAUGGCUUGGAGUAUCACUUAUCACAGUUGGUUGACUUUUGUGUUAUUGAUCUGGUCCUGCACGCUUUGGAUGAUUCGUGACCGAAGGAAAUAUGCUAUGAUCAGUUCACCUUUCAUGGUUGUUUAUGGAAAUUUGCUGUUAACAUUACAAUAUAUAUGGAGUAUUGACCUCAAUAAUGAUGAGCUUCCUAAAGUUUCUGGAUUUUUAGAAAAGAAGGAUCCUGGGGAAUUAGCUUCAAAGAUCCUUUUCACAAUUACUUUCUGGCUACUGCUUAGGCAACACCUCACAGAGCGGAAAGUGCUUCAGCUAAAAGAAGCUACUUUAGCUGAGGUCAAAGUUGAAGAUGAAGAAAAUGAAGAAAAAGAAGAGGAAUUGCAAGAAGGGGAAGUGACAGAGGAAGCAGAUGAAGAAGAUGAGGAUGAACAGGACAUUAUGAAAGUCCUCGGAAACUUGGUGAUGGCUAUGUUCAUUAAGUACUGGAUUUAUGUCUGUGGAGGAAUGUUCUUCUUCGUCAGCUUUGAGGGUAGAAUUGUCAUGUACAAAAUCAUCUAUAUGAUGCUCUUCCUCUUCUGUGUGGCCCUGUACCAGGUGCACUAUGAAUGGUGGAGGCGAAUCCUAAAAUAUUUUUGGAUGUCAGUGGUUGUUUACACUAUGCUGGUGCUUAUCUUCAUCUAUACAUAUCAAUUUGAAUCAUUUCCUGGCUUGUGGAUGAACAUGACAGGGCUAGAUGAAAAAAAACUAGAGGAUCUUGGUUUAAAACAGUUUUCUGUGGCUGAGCUGUUCACACGUAUCUUUAUUCCAACCUCUUUCUUAUUGGUGUGUAUAUUACACCUUCAUUACUUCCAUGACCGUUUCCUCCAGCUCACUGACUUAAAGGCUGUAACCAGCAAACAGGACAGCGCUAUUUACAGCCAUGCUAAAGUCAAUGGUCGUGUUUAUCUAAUAAUAAAUAGCCUCAAGAAAAAAAUACCAAACCACCACAAUGAACUAGUGCACCAAGAUGGAAGUCUGCCUGACAUAACCAUGCUGAAUUUAACUGCCAGCAAUGAAAAGGAAGAGGAUAAAAAUCUGGAAGAGCAUGGUGAUGAAAGAAUGGAAGAAAGAGAUGGGAAGGGAGAGAAAGAUGGGGAUGAAAAAGAGAAGGAGGAGGAGGAGGAAGAGGAAGAUGAGGAAGAGGAUGAUGAUGAAUCUGAUGUAGAAGAAACUUCCGAUUUAAAGAAUAAGUGGCAUCUGGUGAUCGACCGCCUCACGGUGCUAUUCUUGAAAUUCCUGGAAUAUUUUCAUAAACUGCAAGUUUUUGUGUGGUGGCUUUUGGAGCUGCAUAUUAUCAAAAUAGUUUCUUCAUACAUCAUCUGGGUCACAGUGAAAGAGGUGUCUCUGUUUAACUUUGUGUUUUUGAUUGCCUGGGCUCUUGCUUUGCCAUAUGCUCAAUUCCGCCCAUUGGCAUCAAGUGUCUGCACUGUUUGGACAUGUGUGAUUAUCGUCUGCAAAAUGUUAUAUCAGCUCACAUCUAUUGACCCUAGCACCUUUUCCAGUAACUGUACAAUGCCUACAGAAAAUGAAACUGACAUAGGCAGUGAAGAACUGAAGACAUCGCUUCUCUACAGCGCACCCAUCGAUCCUACAGAGUGGGUUGGAUUAAGGAAGUCUUAUCCCCUGCUUGUAUACUUAAGGAAUAACUUACUGAUGCUGGCUAUUCUGGCCUUUGAAGUUACAAUUUACCGGCAUCAGGAGUACUACAGAUGUCGAAAUAAUCUUACUGCACCUGUGACUAAAACCAUUUUCCAUGACAUUACAAGAUUACAUUUGGAUGAUGGACUUGUAAACUGUGCCAAGUAUUUCAUAAACUACUUCUUCUACAAGUUUGGGUUGGAGACCUGUUUCCUACUGUCAGUUAAUGUAAUUGGUCAACGAAUGGAUUUCUUUGCCAUGAUUCAUGCCUUCUGGUUAAUUGCUGUAUUAUAUCGACGUAGAAGAAAAGCUAUUGCAGAGAUCUGGCCAAAGUACUGCUGUUUUCUGGCAUGCACCAUUAUAUUCCAGUACUUCAUUUGUAUUGGCAUUCCACCUGCUCCUUGUAAAGACUAUCCAUGGAGGAGCCCUAAUGCCAACUUCAACUCCAACAUCAUAAAAUGGUUAUACUUUCCAGACUUCAUUGAAAGACCAAAUCCUAUAUUUCUUGUCUACGAUUUCAUGUUGCUGCUCUGUGCAUCCUUACAAAGACAAAUGUUUGAGGAUGAAAAUAAGGCUGCUGUGCGAAUCAUGGCUGGGGACAAUGUGGAAAUUUGCAUGAACCUUGAUGCAGCAUCAUUUAGCCAGCACAACCCUGUUCCCGAUUUCAUUCACUGCCGAUCCUACUUAGAUAUGUAUAAAGUGAUAAUAUUUAGUUACCUCUUCUGGUUUGUGCUUACUAUCAUCUUCAUCACGGGAACUACAAGAAUCAGCAUAUUUUGUAUGGGUUACUUGGUGGCCUGUUUCUAUUUCCUGCUCUUUGGUGGUGAUCUAUUAUUGAAACCUAUUAGAAGCAUUCUACGUUAUUGGGACUGGCUGAUUGCAUACAAUGUCUUUGUGAUUACAAUGAAAAACAUACUGUCGAUAGGAGCAUGUGGCUACAUUGAGUCAUUAAUUCGAAACAGUUGCUGGUUGAUUCAAGCAUUUAGCCUGGCUUGUACGGUUAAAGGAUACCAUCAACCUAAAGAAACUGGAGACUGUAAACUGCCGAGCGGUGAGGCGGGAAUUAUUUGGGACAGUAUAUGCUUUGCUUUCCUGCUGCUGCAAAGAAGAGUCUUCAUGAGCUACUACUUCCUACAUGUGGUUGCUGAUAUAAAAGCUUCACAGAUCCUGGCAUCAAGAGGCGCUGAACUUUUCCAGGCCACAAUUGUCAAGGCAGUAAAAGCAAGAAUUGAAGAAGAGAAAAAAUCAAUGGAUCAAUUGAAGAGACAGAUGGACCGCAUCAAAGCCAGGCAACAAAAAUACAAAAAGGGUAAAGAAAGAAUGCUGAGCAUGACCCAAGAAUCAACAGAAGGGCAAGAAAUUCAAAAGGCCUCUGAAGAAGAUGAUGAAGGAGAAGCAGACAAAGAGAAAACCAAGGGCAAAAAAAAGCUGUGGUGGCGGCCUUGGGUUGAUCAUGCUUCCAUGGUCAGAAGUGGAGAUUAUUAUUUAUUUGAGACGGAUAGUGAAGAAGAAGAGGAGGAUGAAAAAAAAGAUGAUGAAGAACCUCGGAGGAGAUCUGCAUUCCAGAGAGCUAUUGGGAAAUUUGCUUCAGCCAUUUUAGCCUUGCCAAAGUCUAUCAUUAAACUGCCCAAAACUAUUCUUCAGUAUUUAAUCAGAGCAGCAAAGUUUGUGUAUCAGGCCUGGAUUACUGAUCCUAAAACUGCACUUCGACAGAGGCGCAAAGAGAAGAAAAAGUUUGGGAAGGAAGACAAGCGAAGGCGAAAAGGAUCUGGGGAUGGUGCUACUGAUGUAGAACAUGAAGAGAGAGAAGAUGAACCUGUCAAAAAGAAAUCAGAUGGGCCAGAUAAUAUCAUCAAAAGAAUAUUUAAUAUUUUGAAGUUCACCUGGGUCCUUUUCCUGGCAACUCUAGAUAGUUUUACAGCUUGGCUCAAUUCCAUUUCAAGAGAGCACAUUGAUAUCUCUACUGUGCUGAGAAUUGAGAGAUGCAUGCUGACCAGGGAAAUUAAAAAGGGGAAUGUUCCAACUCGUGAGAGCAUCCAUAUGUAUUACCAGAACCAUAUGAUGAAGCUUUCUAGGGAAUCAGGACUGGACACAAUUGAUGAAAAUCCUGGUCAAGAUUCUAGUUUACAGGCAUCUGAGAGGAUGGAUAGUUUAGAUUCAGCUGCUUCUCAUGACAGUAUUUCCAGCUGCUACACUGAAGCAACCAUGCUGUUCUCAAGGCAGUCAACCCUUGAUGAUUUAGAUGGACCAGACACUGUUCCUAAAACAAGUGAGCGCGCUCGACCUAGGCUUCGUAAAAUGUACAGCAUGGAUAUGUCCUCCUCAUCAGCUGACAGUGGCAGUAUAGUGUCAAGUGAACCUACCCAGGUCACCAUGCUGUAUUCUCGUCAGGGCACAACAGAAACCAUUGAAGAAGUAGAAGGGGAGCAUGAAGAAGAAGGGGAAGGUUCUACAUCAAGACGAGAAGAUGAGGUGGAUGAUUAUGGCUUGGAUUCAGAAGGAGCUGCUUACACUCCUGAUACUGACGUGCCAUCAUACUCUGCUGUGGAUGGCAAUGCCGAAGUCCCACCUUCAUACAGCAAAGCUGUCAGCUUUGAACAUCUUUCCUUCAGUUCCCAAGAUGACUGUGCUGGCAAGAACCUCAUGAUGGUGAGCCCAGACGACAGUCAAAUUGACAAGCUAAAUGAUACUAUCCUCCCUCCAUUGACACACGACCUGACUGCCAGUGAGCUGCUUCUAAACAAGAUGUUUCGUGAUGAAGAGCUGGAGGAAUCCGAGAAAUUCUACAGUGGUCAGCCUCGACUAUUGCUUCUCGUUUAUGCUCUGUAUAAUACACUGGUGGCCCGGUCAGAAAUGGUGUGUUAUUUUGUGAUUAUCCUUAAUCACAUGAUCUCUGCCUCCAUGAUUACCCUUGUGCUUCCCAUCCUUAUAUUCCUUUGGGCCAUGCUGUCUGUCCCCAGGCCUAGCAAACGCUUCUGGAUGACAGCCAUUGUCUACACUGAGGUGACCAUUGUUAUCAAGUACUUCUUCCAGUUUGGCUUCUUUCCCUGGAAUAAACAUGUGGAUUACACCAAAGAUAAACCUUACCAUCCGCCCAAUAUUAUUGGUAUUGAAAAGAAAGAGGGUUAUGUGCACUAUGACCUUGUUCAGCUCCUUGCUUUAUUCUUCCAUCGAUCCAUUUUAAAGUGCCAUGGGUUAUGGGAUGAAGAUGAUGAAGGUGAAAGCUGCAGUAGUAAAGAGGAAUAUGGCGAUGAGCUCUCACUGACGGCAGACAGGAGAGAUUCUGCUGACUCUUUAAAGUCAGUGAACCUUGCGGCUUCUGUGGAGUCCAUACAUGUCCACUUUCCAGAACAGCAGACUGCCAUCAGAAGAAAAAGUUCCAGCAGUGGGUCACAACUUUCACACAGAUCCAGUUUCUCCUCACAGAGGUCAAAGAGAGGGAGCACCAGUACACGAAACAGCAGUCAGAAAGGAAGCAGUGUAUUAAGCAUUAAGCAAAAAUCUAGAAAAGAGCUUCUUAUGGAAAAGUUUCGAGAACAAAUGAUCAAAGCAAAGGCAUUUACAAUUAAAAAGACUCUUCAAAUAUAUGUGCCCAUCAGACAGUUUUUCUACAAUCUCAUUCACCCGGAAUACAGUGCUGUGACUGAUGUUUAUGUGCUGAUGUUCCUCGCAGAUACUGUGGACUUCAUCAUCAUUGUGUUUGGGUUUUGGGCUUUUGGGAAACAUUCUGCUGCAGCAGAUAUCACCUCUUCAUUAUCAGAGGAUCAGGUACCAGAGGCAUUCCUGGUGAUGGUGCUCAUUCAGUUUGGAACAAUGGUGGUAGACCGAGCACUGUACCUCAGAAAGACUGUCAUGGGAAAAGUCAUCUUCCAGGUCAUUCUUGUUUUUGGGAUACACUUUUGGAUGUUCUUUAUCUUGCCUGGAGUAACUGAAAGGAAAUUUAGCCAAAACACAGUUGCCCAGCUCUGGUAUUUUGUGAAAUGUGUUUAUUUUGGGUUAUCAGCAUAUCAGAUACGUUGUGGUUACCCAACCCGUGUUCUUGGCAACUUCCUCACCAAAAGUUACAACUAUGUAAACCUCUUCUUAUUUCAAGGAUUCCGUCUGGUUCCAUUUUUGACUGAGUUGAGAGCAGUAAUGGACUGGGUUUGGACUGAUACCACUCUGAGCCUUUCCAGCUGGAUCUGCGUUGAGGAUAUUUAUGCUCAUAUAUUUAUCUUGAAAUGUUGGCGAGAGUCUGAAAAGAGAUACCCCCAGCCAAGAGGCCAGAAGAAAAAGAAAGUUGUGAAGUAUGGAAUGGGUGGCAUGAUUGUUGUCUUGCUGAUUUGUAUUGUCUGGUUCCCUCUGCUCUUCAUGUCUUUAGUCAAAUCUGUUGCAGGCGUCACCAACAGGCCUCUUGAUGUAUCAAUCACAAUAACCCUAGGAGGUUAUCAGCCUAUUUUUACAAUGAGUGCUCAGCAGAACCAGCUCAAGGAUUUGAAUCAAACUGAGUUUGAUUCAUUUCAAAGAGAAUAUUCGGGUAAUACUGGUGCUUUGCAGUUUCUAGAAAGCUAUGGAAAAGAAGAUAUAACUGUAGCAGAACUAGAAGGGAAUUCAAAUUCAUUGUGGACUAUCAGCCCUCCCAGUAGAAAGAAAAUGAUUCAAGGUCUCCGGGAUUUUUCUGCUGAGUUCACUCUAGUUCUUUCAUGGAGUAUUCAAAGAAACCUCUCUCUCGGUGCAAAAGCAGAAAUAGCAUCGGAUAAGCUUUCCUGUAACCUACUGAAUAAAACUAGAGAAAAUAUCGCUACAAUGAUGUCUGGGGAUCACACGGUAAAGAAGGUGAUGCUAGAAAUGAUGUUUCCAUACUAUCUCAAGGCACCUAGUGAUUCUCUGGCAAAACCCAUCAAGCAGCUAUGGAAAGAGGGGAGGAUGGAAAACAUCACUGUUUCACUUGUCAAAAAUGAGUCUAAAGAUGGGGUUCGUGAAUGGUGGGUUCUCAAUCAGCUUGGAAAAAGAUACAGACAGGAAGAAAGUCUUGAACUCUUUGUAUUCAGUGACAAAGUUAGCCCUCCUAGCCUUGGAUUCUUAGCUGGCUAUGGUAUAAUGGGACUUUACGCCUCAGUUGUCCUGGUGAUAGGGAAGUUUGUCCGUGAGUUCUUCAGCGGGAUCUCUCACUCCAUCAUGUUUGAAGAACUACCAAACGUGGACCGUAUCUUGAAAUUGUGUACUGACAUUUUCUUAGUAAGAGAGACUGGAGAACUGGAACUAGAGGAAGACCUGUACGCCAAAUUAAUAUUCCUGUACCGCUCACCAGAGACGAUGAUCAAAUGGACUAGGGAAAAAACUAAUUGAUCUCUUUGGAGUCACACUGCAAAUCAAGUUGACUUCAUCUGAAUUUUAAAAAAGCACAAUAUUCUCAUAAGAGCUAAGCCUUUUAUAGUUAGGUAGCAACGAUUUUUCACUGAUUGAGUCCAGGAAGCUACUUCCUUAGGAAUCCAUGCUGCCUUUCAAAUUAAGGAUUAAUGGUGAAGAAGAUUGGUUUGAUUUUUUUUUUUUAAUGCCCACUCCUCUAAAAUCAGGGGACCUUGCUUUGUAAUUUAAUCAACCAAAUGUUCUGCAUCCUUGACUGGGAUGUUAAUCUUCCGGACGUUACAUUUCUACCGUUAAAGAAAAAGGAAAGAAAGAAACGAUCCCUUAGAUGACUUCACUGGACCUUUUCUGGAGCGAUACAGUUUGUGCAAUAUGCUGUUGUACGUCACUGACUUUCAAGAUACAGUAAUGGGAAUCUGACUAGCUUCAGGAAAACAAUGCCAAAAGGCCAUAGUGCGAGCUGAAGAGAUGCUAGCCAUAUCCAUUUUUAGAAAAGCAGAGGUUUUGAUGUACCGAAGACUCUUUGGACAACCCUCUGUAAGCAAAAAGAAAACAAGUGACAAUCUCUUUAAUUACUUUAUUUUAUUUGUACAGUCCCAGGAGACAUUUCCAUGAAACAUCAAUGACUUUUCUCAGGAAAAAAAACUUGGUUUUAGCACUUAGUUAAACCUUAAUGAAUUAUGGAGUAUUGGGAUGUUCUGCUGGGCUAUCUUCCCACAAUUACUGCUUUCCUUUAGACAGAGAAAAACCAACUGAAUGACUAAGGAGCUGUUUCACUUCUUAUAUCUCUUUGAAGACUGAAUAGUGUGUGCUACUCUGUGCUUCCCCACUACAUGCUUUUCCCGCCAUUUUGAUGAUUUAAGGCAAUGGUUUUGUUAUCUGAUAUUCUCCUUCCAGUGUUUCAGGUAUACAAAAAUGUUUACAUAUUCCAAUUUACAUUUUUACAUCCGAGACGGGUUUUUUAAGUUCCCAAAUAUAGAAGUACAUAUGAGCUUGAAAAAUGGCCUUUUCUUAAAUUACUAUUGUUGGUGACACAAACGGUUCAUUAGAGAACAUUCUAGCAUGAAAAUUUAUGAUUGCAAUGUAGGUUUAAUUCCAUGUUAAAAAAAUGCAAUUUCUGAAAAACAAAAUCAUUGAGUGGGUAGGGUAUGUUAAAAGGUUAUACUGUGUAGUUUUGAUUCAGUAAUGACUUAAAAUAAAGCACAUGAUGCAAA